GCAGGGGCCGGGGCCGGGGCACGGCCGCGGCCGCCCCGGUGCCGCCCCGCUGUGGGCGCGGCCGCACUUCCGCCAUGGCGGCGGGGCGGGGCUGGGCUGGCAUGGCGGCGCCGGCGGCGCUGCGGUGGUGGUGGAUGUUGGCGCUGGGCGGCCGGACGAGCCGGUGCUCCGCUUCACCGUGCCCAGGCCGAGCGCUGCCGAGGCCCCCGGCCGGCCCUGCCCGCCCGGCUGGCUCCCUGCUGCGCUGGGCGUCGUCCUUCUCCGAGCCGGGCCCGACGGAGAGCGGCCCCAGCGAAGGACAGAUCUUCCUCAGCGAGAGCUGCGUGAAGAGGCUGCUGGAGAUUGCAGAAGGAUCGGAGUUUCUCAGGCUGCAGGUGGAAGGAGGUGGCUGCUCCGGAUUCCAGUACAAGUUUUCCUUGGACACAGUUAUCAAUCCUGAUGACAGGGUGUUUGAACAAGGUGGUGCCCGUGUGGUUGUGGAUGCGGACAGCCUGGCCUUUGUGAAAGGAUCCAUGGUGGAUUUCAGCCAAGAGCUGAUCCGAAGCUCCUUCCAGGUGGUGAGCAACCCCCAGGCAGAGAAGGGUUGCUCAUGUGGGACUUCCUUCUCUGUCAAAUUCUGACUCGACUUACCAUGGAUGGACACUGUUUGCAGACACUUUUGGCAGUCUCCUGAGGGUUUAUGUUUGUUCUUUUCCCUGCUGCUCCCUCUCAUCUCCCUUACCCUGUGACACAGCUGUAACACAGUACUGCAGCUGUGUGUGUGUUUGCACUGAGCCUGUCUCCAAGACUUCCUGGCCUUCCCUUCAGAAACGAUGAAGUAACCAUGAGCAUGCACACAGGAGCAUCUUCAGCACCUUGUGAACCACUGGCCAGGUGGUGCUGACUGGCCUGCCCUGUCCUCAUUGUGGAACUACUUAACUGUCUCUGCAAGAGAAGGCUGUAUAUAUAUGUGUGUGUGUGUUUAUUGAAAGGUCUUACUAAAAAAAGUCUAUGAGGUUGAUUGGUAGUGCUUGUGCAUUUACAUGCGGGUAGGAUCUGGGUUCUUUCAGGCUAGUGUUGCUUAUUCCUUAUCUUCCAAACAAAUGAGACGUGGCGUCUUUCUCACAUGUACUGCUGAUUCUCCACUGCCCAGCUUACAGUGGCUUUUCCAGAUAAGUUUCUUUUUUCUUGCUGAACAGGAUUCUCUUGGUCCCAGGAACCUAUGGUGACUUUGCUAUAAGUUCCUGGGAUGAUGGUUUUUACUUGUUCAGAGUAAGUGAAACCAAAAAAAUGAGGUAGGAAGAAUUAGUAGCUUGUGUCUUUUAUAUAUAAAAAGAAGAAAAACCUUGUAUAUAUAUAUAUAUAUAAAUAAAAUACACAGCUCUCUA